AUGAGUGAUGUCAAGCUUGCUGUCUUGGGUGGCAAAAGUUCAGGAAAAUCAGCUCUUACAGUAAGGUUUCUUACUAAGCGGUUCAUUGGAGAAUAUGCUUCCAAUUUUGAAUCUAUCUAUAAUAAGCACUUGUGUUUGGAAGGUAAAACAUUGAAUCUGGAAAUAUACGACCAAUGUUCUCAACCAGAGAAAACAAGAUGCUCUCUCCCAGGUGAACUGCACUGGGCAGAUGGCUUUGUGAUUGUGUAUGACAUCAGUGACAGGCCUUCCUUUGCUUUUGCAAAAGCCCUUAUCUACAGAAUUCGGGAGCCACCUACUCCUCAUUGUAAAAGGGUGGUGGAACCAGCUGUGGUUUUAGUUGGCAACAAGCAAGACCUCUGCCACAUGCGAGAGGUUGGCUGGGAUGAAGGGCAAAAGCUGGCGAUAGAUUUCCGCUGCCAAUUCUGUGAGCUGUCUGCAGCAGAGCAGUCCCUGGAGGUGGAGUUGAUGUUUCUCAGACUCAUCAAGGACAUUCUGAUGAUCCUCAAACACAAGGAGAAGAGGAGACCCAGUGGAUCGAAAUCAAUGGCCAAACUGAUCAAUAAUGUAUUUGGAAAGAGAAGGAAGUCUGUGUAG